AGUGCAGUCCUCGCAGCACUCAAGUUCCUCUUUCUUUCUAAAACCCCCCAUUUAUUCUUCUUCAGUUUCUCUCUAUAAAACCAGUGUCAUCUUCCAUAUUCUCCUUUCUGUUGAUAGUCCGGAGAUGGCUGAUGGAACAAAGCAUCCCCCACUUGGUGGGGGAGCACUGUUUUCAGACUUCACCAGUCUGUUUUCCAUGGCGAGAACGCGAAGAACCAUGUUUUUUAUAUAUGGGUUCAUGUUUGCUUUCAUUGUUUUCACUGUUUUCUUAGCUUUCAGUCCUGCAAACGCUUCUUCACCUUGGUUCACCAAUAUCUUUGCGACUGGUACUGGUUCAGGGUCGUCUUCUACCUCCGAUGACUCCUACAGAUCUCAAUUUUCUUCUUUCUUUUCUUUCUGGUUUCCCAAUUCAACUCAGCAGCAAGUUCACAACUUUACUUCGGUUCCCACGCCCACAACUGGGACCAACGCCACCAGAUCCAAUGAUGCUGCCACGUUUCAAUCGCCUCAGAAGAGUAAAGAUCCGUCCGGUGCGAAGAAUGAGACAAAGGUUGAAGCUUUGACGCCAAAUCGGACUGCAAUUGCCCCUCCGAAACCUCUGGUUUCGGCCAAUCAGAGUGCGAUUUCCUCGGUGAAAUCGCCUCCUUCAGAGAAGGGUGGCUCUGGGAAGGACGAUAAAGGUGUGGCUUCGAAUUCCACGGUGAAAUCACCUUCUACAGAGAAGAGUGGUUCUGAGACGAAGGAUAAAGGCGUCGCGGAGAAGAGAGUAGCGUCGAAUUCGACGGUGAAAUCGCCUCCUACAGAGAAGAAUGGUUCUGAGACGAAGGAUAAAGGCGUCGCGGAGAAGAGUGUAGCGUCGAAUUCGACGGUGAAAUCGCCUCCAACAGAGAAGAGUGGUUCUGGGAAGGAAGAUAAAGGUGUUGCAGAGAAGGGCGUGGUUUCGAAUUACACGGCGUCCCUGUUGAAGAAACAGAGCAAUGGGACUGAUUCAAAGCAGAGAACAGGGGAUUGGUUGGAAUCAUUGAUGAACUGCAAUCUAUUUGAAGGACAAUGGGUGAAGGAUGACUCGUAUCCGCUUUACAAACCGGGUUCUUGUUCUUUGAUUGAUGAGCAGUUUAAUUGCUUUCUCAAUGGCAGGCCUGAUAAAGAUUAUAUGAAGCUUAAAUGGAAGCCAAAAGGCUGUGAUUUACCCAGGUUAAAUGGGAGUCAUAUGUUGGAACUGUUGAGGGGAAAGAGACUGGUUUUUGUGGGGGAUUCUCUCAAUAGGAAUAUGUGGGAAUCUCUGGUUUGCAUACUUAGAAACUCAGUGAAAGAUCGAACAAAGGUUUAUGAAGCCUCUGGCAGACACCAUUUUCGAACCGAAGCUUCUUACUCAUUUAUAUUCGAGGAGUACCACUGCUCAGUAGAGUUCUUUGUAUCUCCUUUCUUAGUCCAAGAAUGGGAAAUGCCCGACAAGAAUGGAUCAAAGAAGGAAACACUGAGACUCGAUAAAAUCCCGACGUCCUCCGACAAAUACAAGACAGCAGAUAUCAUCAUCUUCAAUACAGGACAUUGGUGGACUCAUGAUAAAACUUCCAAAGGGAAGGACUAUUACCAAGAAGGCAGCCAUGUUUAUGGUGAAUUGAAUGUAAUGGAGGCAUUUCGCAAAGCUUUGACCACAUGGGCAAGAUGGGUUGAUGCCAAUGUAAAUCCAGCAAAGUCUCUGGUUUUCUUCCGAGGUUAUUCUUCCUCCCAUUUCAGUGGUGGCCAGUGGAAUUCUGGAGGUCAGUGUGACGGCGAGACCGAGCCCAUUAGGAACGAGACGUAUAUACCACAUUAUCCACCAAAGAUGACAGUAUUGGAGAAAAUCUUGAGAGGGAUGAAAACCCAAGUCACUUACCUAAACAUCACUCGAAUAACAGAUUACCGGAAGGAUGGCCACCCAUCAAUUUACCGCAAACAAAAUCUAUCAGAUGAGGAAAGGCGGUCGCCAUUGAGGUUUCAGGACUGCAGCCACUGGUGCCUUCCUGGUGUGCCAGACGCCUGGAAUGAGCUUCUCUACGCUGAGAUCUUAGUAAGACAGAAGCAGCAGCAACAGCAACAGAAGCUGCAGCAGCUGCAAAAGAGACCAUAGGUAAAAACAACACAGAUCAAGAGUCCACUUCUAUCAAACUAUUGAAUUGGAUUGAAUUCGUAGAUAUCUCUGCAUAUUAUAAUCUUAGUUUCUUUUUGGGGUUAUAGAGAAAGAAAGAAACAACUUGGAGAAAAUCCAAGAAAGAGUGUUUUUCCCUUGGAACAAACAGAACUGGGAGAGAAGUAAAAAAAAAAGGAAGAGAAAUGAAGUGGGGUUGAUUUCCCUUGGUGGGAAAACAAUAAAAUCUCACACCACUUCAUAUUCUCUCAGCUUGUAAAUCUCUAAUUUAUUUUAGCUUGUUAUAUUUGAAAAAUAAAAUUGAAGGGCUUGUAAUUAUUCAUCUACACACCAUCCUCCUCUUGUCGGCAAUAGUGUCUGAUUUAUUAUCAAUUUUUGUGAGACCUAGUGGUCAACUUUUUGGGAUCAACUUGUAUGAUAACUUUGAUUUCAGUCAUAUAUCAAUAAAUUAAACUUUCCUUUUCUAAA